UGUCAAAAAGGCAGACUUACCUUUUUUUUUUUUCUUUUUUCUUUUUUCCAAUUCCCUUCUUUUCAUUGCAUUGCAUGUUCUUUUCCACAUUCCCAAAGGAACACCAUUCAUCACGGCCACAACUAUUUGGGAGUUCAAACAAAUUAUCUUCUCCCCCUCCUUGCCGGGUCACUUUCAAUUCAUUGUUUUUUUUUGUGUACAGCAAUCACAUGCUGUUUCAAGAACAUUUAUGGUUUUCCCUUCUCCAUCAUUGCUGAAGCCCAGCUUGAGGAAAGAGACAGUGUAUGGAGGAGAGUCAGAAAGAAGAGAGAGUUUAUGUGGGCAUUGGGGAAGAUGUGCAUGAUGGUUUUCAGAGCUUAGAGUGGGUGCUCAGAAACUGCUCCUCCCAAUCAACCACCAUACUCAUUCUCUAUGCUGCUAAUACUAUUUGCAGAGAUUAUGUGUAUACUCCAAUUGGGAGACUGCCUUCUAGCUCUGUCAAUGAGGAGAAAUUGAAAGAUCUUGACAAGUAUGAGGAAGCAAAAACUGAUAAGAUUCUAGCCAAUUACAUAGCUUUUUGUGGCAAGGUUAAAGCUGAAAUUCUAAAGAUCCAGAGACAUGAUGGAUCCAUUGAAAAGAUCAUGGUGGAUUUGAUCUCUAGUCUCCAGAUAACAAAACUAGUAUUGUCCUUAACAUUCAUGAAACCUUUAUUAUGGAAAUCCAGAAGUGCAUUAAGGGGAUUGUUUCACAUUCAUAACCAGAAACCGGAUUUCUGUGAGUUAUUUGUAGUGUUUGGAGGGAAACUGGUUUUCCUAAUAGAAGAGAAUGGUGAAAGUGUGAUAAAGGAUGAGGUAGGAGGGGUGAUUGGAAGGGCUAGAGAAAAGAAAAAGAAGAAGCAUGGUUUUAAAGUUCUGUUAGAAAGAAUAAUGCUCCCAGAAAUUGCAGAUAAAGAGAAAAGGUCUUGUGAUUCACCUUCUUCUUCUUCAUCUUCAUCAGUGAGCAAUGGCUUAGCUGAUCAGUGGGAGAAGAAUCAAAGUGAGAUUGAACUCUAUCUCAGUCAAUUGUCAUCUUCGAAAACAGAUUGUGAUGCAGCAAAUGACCCUUUAGAAGAUUGUGUCAAGGAACCAACUAUGCCAGAAAAUAUGACCACAAAAGAAAGGAUUGAAGCUUUGAAAGCAAAAAUAAGGGAGGUCCAGCAAGUGGUUCAGCUAAACAAAAAAGAAGCAAAAGCCAUUGUUGAGAGACAAGCCAAGGCUGAAUGGGCUAUCAGAUUGUGUGCAAGCCGGGCUGAGGAUCUUGAAGCCUGCAUAAACGAAGAAAUGGCGAAAAGGGCUCAUCUGGAGGAAGAGCUAGACUCUGCAAAGGAGGAGUUAUAUGAACUGCAGACCGAAGUCGAGGAGAAAAGAGCUAAGCUGAACUCGAUUCUGGAACUGCAACGUGAGCUCGCAAGCAAGGUUCAGUUGUCCUCUCAGGAAAAAUCGCAUGCUGAGAUCCAGCUGGAGAGGGCGGUGAGAACAAGAACUCAGAUGGUUCAGGGAAUCGAGAAUCUGAGAAGGCAAAGAGAUGUGUUGCGACGUAGGAUUGAGUUCUGCAAAGAAAAAGAUGCAAUAGGAGAGGCUAAAAGGUUAGGUGAGCCGAGCUUUUGUUGCAGGCAGUUUAGUGCUGCAGAAAUAAGGGCUGCUACGAACGAAUUCUCAGAACGACAGAGGCUAAAAUGUGGAGGCAAUUGGACAAAUGUGUACAAAGGUUGCUUGAAUUCUGAGAGGGUUGCAAUCAAGUUGUACCAUAAAAGCACUUCAUUAUCCGAAGAAACCUUCCAACAUCAGGUGAAGCUUCUCAGUAGCAUAAGGCAUCCUCAUAUAGUAUCCAUGAUAGGGUUCUGUUCUGAGCUGAAGUGCAUAGUGUUCGAGUACAUGCGCAAUGGCUGCUUGAGAGACACUCUCUUCUCAACCAACAGAAAUUCUAAAAGAAGAAACGAGCCUCUAAACUGGCAUGCAAGUAUACAUAUUGCAGCCGAGGUUUGUGCAGGCCUGUCCUUCCUUCAUCAAGCCAAACCGAGACCAAUGUUUCACGGCAAGCUUAGCCCCUCAAGCAUCCUGCUUGAUCGAAACAAUGUGGCAAAAAUCCAUGGUUUGAGGCCUUCCCCGUGUUACGAUGUGCCAAGUAGCAGAGCAGAUGUUAGGGGUUUCGGGAACUUAGUAGUGCAGCUUCUCACAGGGAGGAACUGGGCAGGGUUGGUUGAAGAGGCUGCCCUCAUUGGGGUGCUGGAUCAGGUGGGUGGAGAAUGGCCUUUGGAUUUAGCAGUGGAGCUUGGGAAUAUAGCAAGAAGAUGUCUGAGCAAUCAAGAAAAUCUGGGCAAGGAAUUGACCAUGGCAAUGGUGGCCAGAGAUAUGAAUAAGGUGAAGAAGAAAGCUGAUGAAGUAGUGGCUGGUGGAGAAUGUGCACAGGAAGAUCAAAGUGAUGUGAAAGUGGAAGAAGAAGACUCUGAAGAUGUUCCUAGUCUUUUCUUCUGCCCCAUAUUCCAGGAUAUCAUGAAGAACCCUCACAUCGCAGCAGAUGGAUUCUCUUAUGAGCUAGAAGCCAUAGAAGAAUGGCUGAGAACCGGUUGUUCUAUGUCGCCCAUGACAAAUUUGGAACUCAAACACAAGCUUCUUACACCUAACCACAAUCUGCGUUCUCUAAUCCACGAGUGGGAAAACAAGAGAUCAGCACUUCCAUCAUAAGAAUUAAGAUUCUUUCACUUGCCAAUGGCCAAACAUUAGAGAAUGUAGAAAGCAGCUAACUUUACUGUACAUGAAAUCCUCUAAGAGAGUGUAUAUCUUGCAAGAAUCAAUUGACCAUUGAUGCAAAAAUAUGCAAUUUUCUGCAUUUUCUGUAUUA